UGGCAGUUUUGCAGAACAACCUCGGCCAUCGACAGUAGCAGCAGCAAAACGCAUGCUGAGGGUGAAAAAUUUCCUAUACAAAAGUGGUAACAGGAGGAAGGUGAUUUUCAAGUGUAGGAAAAACAUCAGUUUAGCAGUGCGUAAUUAGUGCUUAGUGGAUUAACCGUGACUAGUGUUUGUGCACAUAAGAUCUGAAAUCGAUCAUUUUUGGUAAUCACUUCGGUGUACGGUAAACUCGUGUUUUGGCCCGCACGAGUUCGUUUCACGGUGAGCAAAAGGAGUAUCGAGAAGAAGAGUGUUGAAUAAGUGUAAAGAAGAAGAAGCAGAUAGGCAGCAGCAGCAGUGUCGAGUCGAGUUGAACGAAGAGCUGCUCGCUGCUCUGUUCUGUGUGCGAAGAGCUAGGUGUGAGGAAGGAAAAGAAAAUUCACCUUUUUCGAAGAGGAAAAUUCAACCUGCAAUCAAACGGAAUUUGUGGAUAAAAAUUAACAAUGUCAACGCUGCACUUUGUGGUGCAUCCGCUGCCCGGAACGGAGGAUCAAUUAAAUGACAGAAUCCGUGAGGUGGCGGACAAAAUCAACAAGUACGGUGUCCAAACACUCCCGGCGCUCCAGUCGCUCAAAGUUCCAGUCAAACAAAUUGUGGUCGGACCGGCCCAUCUGGGCGUCCUGCUCGAAGAUGGUCGUGCGUUUCGCGUAGCUUUCUCGAUCAUUCCGGAGCGGUUGGAUCUGAGCAAACAGGACGCAAACAAGACCAGUGGCAAUGCUGGCAGUGCGGCCAGUCAGUCGAACAACAACUCGAAAAAUUCACCCGCCUCGAGACAGUGUCGCUCGCGGGCUCGAAUCAUGCGCACCAGCAGUUCGGUUCGCGGUGGCAGCAGUUCACAGGGAUCCGGUUCGCGCAGUACCGGUGUGAUUAUGGGAGGAGGAUCCUCCGGCAGUCGAUCGCUGGUAUCGGUGCCGGCUCCCUUCGUUCCGGAGGAAUUGGUGACGCAAGCACAGGUCGUGCUGCAAGGCAAAAGUCGAAAUUUGAUCAUCAGAGAACUGCAACGUACCAAUCUUGACGUAAACCUAGCGGUCAAUAAUUUACUCUCACGUGACGACGAAGGCGGUGACGACACGGAGGAGGGCAGUGAUAAUUACGUGGCGGAAGAUUUGAUUUCGCUGCUGGACGGAGGUUUUCACGCAGACAACAGUGUGAUCAUUGAUGCGGAGGCGAUGUUCUCGGAGGAUAUGUUCGGGUUUUCCAACAUCCGGAAUUUGAUGUUAUACAGUCGUGCUCGCAGUGAACGAAAUCAGAACAGCUCCUCGUCGUCGGCUGCUGCCGGUGGCGGUGGCGCUGGCGGCGGAGGUAGCGGUUCCGGAGGCGGAGGAGGAGGAAGCGCCGGAGCUGCUGCUGGAGGAGGAUCUGGAGUAGCCGGUGGCAGCGGCACUGGAGCUGACGGAGGCUCUGGUCGGCAGAGUACCGGUAGUGCCGCCGGUGUGGGAGGUUCCAGCGGAAAUGGUGCCAGCGUAACUGGUGGUAGCGUUGGCGGUUCCGCCGGAGGAGUUGGUGGCGGUAGUGGUGCAUCUGGCGGUCUGAGCAGUGCCGAACGGGAAGGGUUUGGUCGUUGGCGAGAUCGGCAGUACUUUGGACCGCGCCGGUGGUUCCAGAGCGGCCGCGAAGAUGGAUGGGACAAGGAAAGUGUUAAACUUUACUAUUCCCUAGAUCCAAAAAAGAAAGACUUCGGAUCUGGCUAUCCGCUGUGGGUGUCGGACGAACUGGAAGCCUGGCCAGAGAAAGAUCAACCCGUCCGGUUUACCGAGAUUGCAUCGCUCUAUUCGGAGUUUAUCGGAGUGACCAGCAAGGGCGAACUGCACCAAUGGCGCUGGGCCGAUGUCGAACCGUACCGAAGUAGUGAAUCAACCAAUAUUUUCCAUCCGAAAACGGUUCCAUUGAACCUGCUGUGUGAGAAGGUUAUCCAUAUCUCAGCUACUUCAAUCCGUUGCUCGGUAUCUACGGAGAGUGGGAGAAUCGCCACCUGGAUGGACGAAUUGUUGGGCUACGCUGGAAGCAAGCUGGAACAUGUGGCUACGAGCUACCCAGAAUUUGCACUCGACAAAAUCGUAUCCUUGCAUACGUGCACCUUAUACACGGUAGCUCGAACGGAAAGUGGAGAACUAUUCUGGUGGGGCGUACUGCCUUUCGGGCAACGAAAACGCCUAUGGGACAAGUAUAAAGCGAAAGCCAAGAAACCGGUACGGCCAAGCGUCAACACUCCGGAAGUGACGGUAGGGGCGCAGGUUUGCAUGAAAAACAGUCCCAUGUAUCAACACGGUGCUAUCGGAUUCACGAUCUCGAACGGUGUUCCGAAAGUCGGCCAGCUGCUCAAUGCGGCCUGGGAUCUGACGAACAUAUGCCGCUUCAAGCUGCUUUCGAUGUCCACACUUUCCCAACAGUUGGGACUGGUGACCGGAUCGAGUGCCAGUGUACCGUUGGUCAAUAUUACUCAAACUGUGGAGAAGGAAAAGCCGCCCAGUUCGAGUGGAUCCAGCUCCAAGCAAAGCUCCGGUGGCAGCAAUAAGGAGACGGCAGAUCGAUUGGAUAUGCCUCCACCACCGUCUCCGGCAUCGAGCACUUGCAGUGACACCGGCAGUGUGAGCAAUUCCCACAAGCGCCAGAAACGGAUGGCACCGAAGGACGAUUCGGACACGAAGAAGGAUGAGGAACAGUGGUUGCUGAAGGAUGUCAUAUUCGUCGAAGAUAUCCGCUCGGUACCGAUCGGACGCGUACUGAAAGUAGAUGGCGACUAUGCUGCGGUCAAGUUUCCACCCCUGAUACCCGCUGCCAGUGCCGCUGGUACCUCCGGCAGCAGCAGCAAGGACAAGUUUGAUGACACCAUUGAGGCUUGGCAGGACUGCCGGUUGCUACGGAAGGAUGAUCUGCAGGUGAUCAAAUCGGCAACCACUUCCCGGGUGCCGGAUUGCUUCCAAAAGAUACCUAGAAGAAUCGUAUUGAAUCCACAUCUUCCGAGUGGAGAGACCAGUUCCCAGCUGCUAACGAUUGCCGUUGAUUCCAAGGGCAUUCAUGCUAUUAUGAGGACCGGAAGCAAGCUGCACUAUUGCCUGUUUAACUUGAACACCGGUCGUCAGGAGCAGGACAGUGUUUUCCCCACGGACAUUGCUUCAUUUUUGGGAACAUCGCCGUCAAAUGUAUCACUGACGUGCGCUGGCGAUUGUUCGGAUAGUGUUCUGUUGUUGCGAGAUGGCAAUAAUACCAUUUACCCGAUGUCGAAGGACUGCGUUGACGCUAUUAGGGAUCCAAGCUGGUUGGAUCUCCCACCGAUCAAAUGCAUUGCUGCUGCUUCGCUGACGCUUCCUUCGGUAGGAGUAAAUUUAAAAUCGCAAGUGUCGCUUGUAGUGUUGGCUCCCGAACAGCAACAGCUGAUGUCAAGGAUUUUGCGGUGCGAUUUGGAAGGAGUUCGUCACGUACUAGGCCAGUUGGAUGGCGAGUUAAAGAGUCAACUGAUGUCGGUCAUUUCGGAACAUACCGACGGAAAUAGGAAUAUCGUACACGCGUGCAUCAGUAUGUGCUCGCCAACAUCGAACAAGGAUUCGGAUCAUGAUCCGCUGGCUCAAGGAGGUUCUGGUUCGGGAACCGGUACUAAUGCAAACAGUGGCACGGGAGGUUCCGGAUCCAAUGCUGCCGCACUGGAAUGUAUUAAUGUGAUUACCAAUACAAUGAUGGGUAACCGCCCCGUGAGCAUCCGAGAAAUUAUGCGUCGCAGUGUCAAUCGAGAAAUUGACGCUUCCAAUUCCAACAGUGCUCCACUUCCGCCGGGAAGUGAAGAAGCACCAGGUGGAUCGCUACCGGUCGUGUAUUGGCCACCGGAGUAUGACCCUACCAGUGGUGAUGAGGAUAGUAUGAGUGGUUUGAAUGCUUCUCAAUCGCAGAAAACAAUGAAUGAAACAUACAUUUCCGACCCUAACGAACGUCGUGCAAAUGCACUCCAGAUCGUACAACUACUCUGUGAAAGUCCCGUACUGCAGCCAUACUUGAGACAGCUGCUCAGUGCAAAGGACGCUCAAGGGCAGACUCCGUUUAUGCUGGCCGUAACAUGCCGUGCCUAUCAGGCCGGAAUUAUCGUAUUCAACGCUAUUUUGAAAAUCGCCAAUGGGGACUCUACCGUACGAGAUUCGAUGAUCUUCCCCCAGGGAAGUGCUCCAGAUCAAUCGCCGUUGGGAAUCCUUUGUUGCAAUGACACCUGUUCCUUUACCUGGACUGGAGCCGAUCACAUCAACCAGGACAUCUUCGAAUGCCGCACUUGUGGAUUAACGGGAUCCCUUUGUUGCUGUACGGAAUGCGCCAAGGUUUGUCACAAAGGACAUGACUGUAAACUGAAGCGUACAUCUCCGACUGCCUAUUGUGAUUGUUGGGAAAAAUGUAAAUGUAAGGCAUUGAUUGCUGGCAACCAAACCAAGAGAUACGAACUGCUAUGUAAAAUAGCCACUGAUACCGACCUAGUUACAAGGUUCAACUCCCGAGGCGAGUCUAUUCUGCUCUUCCUGAUUCAAACCGUAGGUCGUCAGAUGGUGGAACAGCGACAAUACCGUGCCACUUCACGGGUGCGGAACUCCUCGGGAAGCGCUAGAAAAACUCCCUCGUUGGAUACAGAAACUGACAUGCCGGAGCAUGACUUGGAACCGCCUCGUUUUGCAAGGAAAGCGCUGGAUCGCCUGUUGAACGAUUGGCCCGCGGUUCGCUCAAUGAUCAUGACUGGUGCCGAACAGGAGAAACCUAUCGUUCCGAAUCCGAACCUGCCAUUUUACGACGAUGACAACCAGCAGGUUUAUCUGCAGUCGCAGAGCGGAACCACUCUACUGGAUAAAUUCACACACAGUUUGAUCGUUCGGUGCAGCAACGAUCCGUUGGAAAAGCUGCUCGUUACGCUGGUUAACGAAUUGCAAAACGAAACCAUCUCGGGAAGAAUGGAGGAAGCUCAGAAAGUGGCACGACGCUUCGUGCGAUCCGUGGCCCGUGUCUUCGUCAUCUUCAGUAUCGAACGUUUCCACAAUCCGGAAAAAUCGAGAAACUCCACUACGCAAGCGAAGCAUUUGCAGGCGUACCGUCGAGUGUUUACCACACUGUUCAAAUUUGCCAUUGAGGAGUUGAUUGAAAUUUCCGACGCGUUGAUUACACCGGUUCGAUUGGGCGUGGUCAAACCAACUGCACCUUUUUCGCUGUCGUCCAACAGUAUUGAUAGCACGGAUGACCUGUUCUCGGUGGAACCGUUGGCUCCUCCAACGAAUCGUGCUGCGAACAUUGUAGACAUUGCUACCGGCAGUUCGCGAGGUGAUGUAAUUGAGAAUGAGCGUAGUUCCAAUUCGGGAUUUAUGUCCCGAAUCAAUCUCCGUCUACGGGACAUUGAAGACAAUAAUGAUACGGAUGCGAUGGCUCAGGAUGAUGGGGAGACUUCCGAGCAGGAAGAGAUGUCAGAGCGGGAACAGCCACCGCCAAGAAGAAGUUCCAGUGUGCGUGCAGUUUCGAGCGCCGUAGCCAUCAAUGCGAAUGAAGAAGAAUCGCAAGAUCCACUGCGGAACGAAGAGGCUGCCCAGGGUGAAAGUGAUACGGAGUUUAACUUCCAUGAGGCGGAAACGGAAUCAGAUUCCGAUGACAACCAAAGUACGCAAGAUGCCCAACGAAGCGUUCAGACUGGGGCUACCGCUGGAUCCGACACAGGUGAAGGUCACGCGUGGAUGUUCGAAAAUGAAGACGACUCCGGUGACUCGAGUCAACCGGAUGAUGAAGGAUCUGAAGAUGGUGAAAGCGAUGAUCACUCGCAUGAAGACUUUAGCUUGGCAGAUGAGCAACUGGAACGUAGACAACCAUCUGGCAGUAACCAGCGAACGAAUUUGGCACCACAGUCGAUGCAAUGGGCCAUCCGCAGCCGUGAAACGACUGGCCCCGAACGGGUUCGGCUUACCACCGGUGGGUCGAAUUUGGUGUUUAUUGAUCCCAAUGCACUUCGGCGAACGACAGCAGCUAGCGCAGCUGUAACCGCUGCCCAACAGCAGGAAGCUCCGACGAUGACGACUACGGCCAGUGCGCUGGCACGAGCGUUCGGUAUCGUGCUGCGCCAAAUAUCCGAUUUGAUUGGAAUGUUGCCAACUAGCUUCGCUGGUGCAUCGUCGGCGUUGGACGUAACCCACCAGGAGGCUAUUCAGUUGCAGAUGUACGUCGAAAAACGACUCAAACCCACCUGGGAUUGGAUUUUGACCGUUAUGGAAGCCACGGAAGCGCAGCUUCGCUUCGGAGCAUCACUGACGGAUUCGACUGAUCCGACGCACCCACUGCAUCCGCUGAACACACCGAGCACGACAACCACCAGCAACAACACCAACACCUCCUCGUCCGGUGGAGUGAUGGGAGUACUUGCAGGCAGUAGAAACCGUGCAACUAUCACGACGCUCGGUGGAACAACCGCUCGAAGUCUCGGAUUUAGCGAUAGCACCACUAACGAGAGAAGUUCGCGCGAUGGUGCCUCCUCGUCGGAUGCAGCAUCGAGCCGCCGGGACUUCCUAACCUACUGCUUGUCACUGAUGCGUGCCCACAAUUCGGAGCACCGUGAUUUCCUACCCGUGCUGGAUGUGACCGCAUUGAGGCAUGUUGCCUACGUUCUCGACGCAAUUCUCUUCUACAUGCGUGCGACCAACGAUUGUGAUAUCGAUCGUACUACCACCGGAUCCAACGUUUGGGACGAUCAGGAUGAAAACGAAAACGAAGACGCCGAGGAGGAUAUUUCCACGUCGAUUGUUAUGGACACGGACUCGGUAGAUGACGAUUUGAUGCGUCCUUCUCUGGGUCGUCGGCAUUCGUUCUUCCAAAGGUCCGAUUCAACGCUGUGUCUCGGAUGUCCCGCACCAGAUCCAUUCAAUACUCCUCUGGCGGAAGCCUUGCCAUUGGCCGAUCAACCGCAUCUGCUGCAACCCAACGCUCGCCGGGAAGAACUGUUUGGAAUGCCUAAGCGUCCCAUUACUCUUCCGCCAAACUCACAGCAACCGGGUGAAAGUAACGUAAAUCUGGAAGUGCCACCGGUACGUUUGAGUCUGUCUUCGACGAUUCGAAACGAUGUUUCCAAUUCGUCCGUUGGUGGUUCCACAUCAACAUCCAGCAAUGUAGAAACCGUUGCGAUGGAAAUCUACCAAGACGAAACUUCCCAAGACAAUAAACAACCUAGCACCAGUGGAACUGUAGAGAUUGCUAUUCCGGUCAGUAUCUAUCAGGAUUCGAAACAGCACAAAACGACAAUCGUUGUCAACGAAAAAGGAGAAGCGGUUUCACCCAUCAAGGAAAUUACCGUGGGUUCCGAAGCCGAAGUGGAACCAAAGGCCGGCCCAUCUGGUGAACAGUCUCAAUCGCCAAAACCCCCACCACCUCCUCCACCGAUUGCUACCGCGUCCGGUUCAUCCGGUGAUAUUUACUACAAGAAAAAUCGUCUGUUCUAUAUCAAGAACAGUAAGUACAACGAGGAAUCCGAUGUGGAUGUCGACGAGGUCAGCAUUAGUUCGGACGAACCGCAAGAUUUGUCGCAAUCGUUGAUCAAGAUCGACGUGGACACGGAUCAGGAUCACGACGAGCUGUCCGAAUCGGACUCGGAAGACUCGCCCCAGCUGAUGGUUAAACGACAAAAGUUGGACGACGUAUCGAUGAACGAUGACGGUUCGAUAGUCGUUGGUCAGCAGGAUGCUUCUGCUUCGUCAAUUCGUCCCCCGAUAAUCGUGACCAGAAGGAAAGUGUCAAUCGACGCGGCACAGCAAGGCGCCGGUGGAAGUGGAUCCGAUGCCUCCACGGCUGUUAUCACCGGGCAAGGAAGCUCAUCUUCGUCGUCGUCGUCAACCGAACAACAGGGAACGAUUACGUCCUUCGUGACGUAUACAACAACUGGAAAUCAGGUGACGGUGUCGACGGGACCCGGUGCCAGUGGUGGCUCACCCGGCAAGAGCGUGAUUGUUCGAGCUGGUCCGUCAUCGUCCUUCUCCCCAUCGGGUAGUACCAGCACGACCGAGGUGAUUCAGCAUGCCGAAGCGAUGGAUCUGCAGGAGAUAUCCGCCCAUGUAACCGUGGAAACGACACCGAAUGUUCAGCAAACGGUACAGCCGGAACUUCCACCCCGAGGAAUCUAUCUUCGCUCGGGAAGCAGUCAAGGUCCGUUAAACUCUUCGAUCCUUUCGGAUAUCCUUCUCGGACGUUGGCGUCUGUCAUUGAUUCUGUUCGGCCGAGUAUUCCUUGAGGAUGUAGGCGUAGAACCAGGCAGUGUGAUCUACGAGUUGAAUGGUUUUCCCGUGAAAGAGGCUAAAUUUAGACGAUAUAUGGAGAAGUUGAGGAACGCCCAGCAGAAAGAUCUCACAUUGUCCAAGAUGGAACGCAAUAGGGCCGCCCUAUUGACGCAAACAUUCAAAGAACUGAAUACUCACUACAACAACCGAAGGCUGCAAUCGCCACUGGCGUUUUCGCGGGUGAAAGUAACCUUCAAGGACGAACCGGGUGAAGGUUCUGGUGUGGCGCGUAGUUUCUACACAUCGAUUGCGGAAGCACUGUUAGCUAAUGAAAAGUUGCCCAAUCUGGAUGCAGCGCAAACUGGAUCGGCCAAGUACACUUCGGUUCCCUUCAACAGUAUGCUGCAACGUCACCGUGGUUCUAGUGGCAGUGGUGGAGGCAGUUCUUCUGCUGUCGCUGGAGGAAGCAGUAGUGCUAGUCGGGAUUCGAAUGUGCGACGAGGGCUUUCCAGCAAACAACCACUUUGGAGACCGAACCGUGAAUCUCGCAAAACGCUCAACUACGAUGCCCGGCCUUUCCGACCGGCGAGCGAACAGGCACAGGGUUCCGUCGGCGGUGGCGGAGUCGGAGGCAAUAAUAGUCCACCGUUUUUGCACAUAAAUGACAGUUUACCGGCCCACCAGCAGCAGCUAGGCGAGCGUCUAUACCCGAAGGUACAAGCUCUGUACCCUAACAAUGCCCCUAAGAUAACCGGAAUGCUACUGGAUCUUCCGGCGACGCAAAUCCUAAUGCUACUGGCAUCGGAGGAGAGUCUUCGACAGAAAGCCAACGAAGCGCUGGAGAUAAUCCUCAGCCGACAGCGGCUGGAAAUCGAUAAUCUAAGCGUGGGAGGUCCCGGCGGAUCUUCCUCUUCGGUGUCAACUGGCAGUAGUGCGGUGGAUCAGCAAGCCGGUAGCAGUUCUGGUUACUCGCAAGCACAGACUUCCGGUUUGUCGAAAAAGAGCGGCCCGGUGCUGAUCCUAGAAGACUGUCAACUGGAUGCUCCACUGUUUUAUUCGCCCGGAAAGCGCGGCUUUUACAGUCCUCGGCAAGGUUACCCCUCGAGCGAGCGACUGAAUGCAUUUAGGAAUGUCGGCAGAUUGAUCGGGCUGUGCUUGCUGCAAAAUGAACUGUUCCCGUUGUUCCUGCAACGGCACGUGCUCAAGUACAUCCUCGGCCGGCAGAUUCGCUUCCAUGAUUUGGCCUUUUUCGAUCCGGUCGUGUACGAUUCGCUGCGACAGCUGGUCAAGGAUUCGCACACCAAGAGUGGCAUUAGCAUUCUGCAGAGUCUGGAGCUGAACUUUGUUAUUGAUCUUAUCCCAGAGGAAGGUUCGGGCUCGGUCGAAAUUGUGCCCGGUGGUCGUGACAUCCAGGUGAACGAAACCAAUGUGUUCGAUUACGUGCGGAAAUAUGCCGAGUAUCGUAUGAUCAAGACGCAGGAGAAGGCUUUGGAUGCCAUACGGUCGGGAGUGUUCGAUGUGUUACCGGACACAGCACUGGAUCAACUGACGGCGGAAGACUUGAGACUGCUGUUGAAUGGCGUCGGAGACAUCCACGUUGGUACACUGAUCUCAUACACUUCGUUCAAUGACGAAUCGAACGAAAGCAGCGACAAGUUGCUGAAAUUUAAACGAUGGCUCUGGAGUGUGGUGGAAAAGAUGAGCAACCUGGAGCGACAGGAUUUGGUCUACUUCUGGACAGGAUCGCCAGCCCUGCCAGCCUCCGAAGAAGGUUUCCAACCGAUGCCAUCGGUAACUAUCCGACCGGCGGACGAUGCCCAUCUCCCGACUGCAAACACCUGCAUCUCCCGGUUGUAUAUCCCGCUCUACUCGAGCAAGGCAGUUCUCAGGCACAAGCUGCUAUUGGCGAUUAAAACGAAAAACUUUGGAUUCGUUUAGAUUAUGAUCACCCUACACAUCUACACAAGAGAAUGGAGACUCACAAACACACACACACAUAGCCUGUACCAAAUUGUUGUUUGGACCAGUGAUAAAAAGAGAGAAACUAGCGGAACGCAACCAAGCGAAACAACCCCUAAGAAGUGCGCACGAUCAAUGAAAUUGACGAACGAGCUGUAUUUCUGUAUACAACUUUUCAUUCCACUUCUUUUGUAUGUACAUAGAUGUCUUUGGUUAAUUGGCGUUUGAUUGGAAUAUAAAUGCUUUUUUUUUCGAACUUCGCUUCGCACUUGCGAUUUCUUGUGUAAAAUAAGCAAAGAUUACACCCUUGGUGAAUAUAGGACGAUACUCGGUAACAAAAGAAGGAAAUCAAACUGUUCUACCAACCUUGUGUGGAAACCGCAAACACAAGCAAAACAAGCCACGCGUUCACUUAGUUGUUUGGAAGCAAAAGUGAGCUAAAACUCACUGAUGUGUCGCGUUUUAAUGUGAUUGAAUCAUUUAUAUAUUCGAUAUAAAUGCAUCUUUAAGUAAAUUUAUACAUAUAUUUAUCAUAUACAAAAAAUAAACAAUACUAUUACCCUUUAAGCGCAAAGUAAAGAUCUUUAACAAACACAAACAGCAAGCAACAACACGCAGACAACAGUCGUAGAUAGAAUUAGGUUCAGUUCUAAUGUUAACUAGCAAACAAUUCAGUACCAGAAGAGGGUGUGCUCAAAUUAGCUGCAGCUGAGGAGCAUGUUUCGAGAAUCUGCCAUAUGGCCAAAUGUGCAGCUUCUAAGAACACGCCGAUAAUAUGAUAAAAUCAGCCAAACGCAGCCAAGUGUAGUAUAAAUUUUGUUAUCAUUCGUUUUGAUCGUUCUUUGUCUAUUAAGUUUGCGGUAGAGCAAAACAAUUUAUUUUGUUUGGUUUAUUUAUGUCUCCCUACUAAUACUAAGAAUGCUUCAUUAUUUGUUGAAAGCACGGUUCGCCUUAUUAUUUUUUUCUUUAUUUCGUUUUUGGGAAAUAAGUUUGAAACUCAAUCCAGUUAGUUGACAGCAUCCUCUUCUGAAUAGGAAAAUAUCCCAAAAUUUAAUACACCACUCACUGCAGCAGCGUAGGCACUACUAUAUACAGAAACUCUGGAAGAUAAUAAUAAUCAAACUGGACAUCUCUGUACACACACGCACUACUAAAUGGUGUUUAAUCGAAAAUGAUAUCAAACUGUUACACUCAAGAAUAAUUACAAUAAGCCAACUGAACUAUUAAUUCGUAAUUUCAAAGAAAUACAUUUUAAACACAUGUAAAAUUGAA